UCCGAGUAAGAUGGCGGCCUCGGUGGCGGCGGCGGCGCUGCCUUCACGUCUGCGGGGUGGUCACUGGUUGCGGUUGCGGCCCCAGCUCAGGCUCUUACCCUUGGCGAGGGCCUUGUGCGCGCGAAUGGUGACCCCGCCGCGCGGCCCAGGACAGAGCCAGAUGCAGGACCUGCCCUUGCCCACGCAUCGAAAGCAGCAGCAGCAGCAGCAGCAGCACCAGCAGCAGCAGCAACAACAGCAGGGCCCCAGCUAUGCUAAGAAGUUGGCCAUGUGGGUGGCGGGGCUCCUUGGGGCCGGGGGGACUGUCAGCAUCAUCUAUGUCUUUGGAAACAACUCUGUGGAUGAGAACGGCAUGAAGAUUCCAGAUGAGUUUGACAAUGAUCCUGUGUUGAUUCAGCAGCUUCGGCGAACGUACAAGUAUUUUAAGGAUUAUCGACAGAUGAUCAUUGAGCCCACCAGCCCCUGCCUCCUCCCAGACCCUCUUCAGGAGCCAUAUUACCAACCCCCGUAUACGCUUGUCCUGGAACUGACGGGUGUCCUGCUGCACCCUGAGUGGUCGCUGGCCACAGGUUGGAGGUUCAAGAAGCGUCCCGGCAUUGAGACCCUCUUUCAGCAGCUGGCCCCUCUCUAUGAGAUUGUCAUCUUCACCUCUGAGACUGGCAUGACAGCAUUUCCCCUCAUCGACAGUGUGGACCCUCAUGGCUUUAUCUCCUAUCGCCUCUUUCGGGAUGCUACCCGAUACAUGGAUGGGCACCAUAUCAAGGACAUCUCGUGCCUCAACAGAGACCCUGCACGAGUGGUAGUGGUUGACUGUAAGAAGGAGGCUUUCCGGCUUCAGCCUAACAAUGGUGUGGCCCUACGACCCUGGGAUGGAAACUCGGAUGACCGAACUCUGCUCGACUUGUCUGCCUUCCUCAAGACCAUUGCCCUGAAUAGGGUGGAGGAUGUCCGGACCGUCUUAGAGAACUACGCGUUAGAAGAAGACCCACUGGAGGCCUUCAGACAGCGGCAGUCUCGCCUGGAACAGGAGGAGCAGCAGCGCAUGGCUGACCUCGCCAAGACCACCAAACAGAGCCUUUUCUUUAGUUCUCUCACCAGCCGCCUCUGGCCCCGAUCCAAACAGCCCUGACCUCCCUUCUUACCUCCCUGGCCCUGGGGGCUUCCCUGGCCCAGGCCCCUGGGGCCAUGGUCUACCCGACAAUAAAGUCUGUCCUGGA